AUGGCCCAGCAUGAAUUAACCCUGCUGUCCCUGCAAAUCUCCCCGACUUUGCCAAACCAUGACAAUGCUGACCACCCGGGCCUUCACGCUCAAUCCCAUCUCUCGCUAUGUGAACCGCACGAUGCCGUUGUCGACGUGAAGCGUAUUUCGCCGGGAUUGACGGGCCUGAGGAGGGAGUAUUUACAAGCAUUAAAGGCCAAUGUUGAAGCAAGAAGGGAAUAUCAAGCGCUUACGGAAAGAGUGGCUUCUUGCAAGAAUCCUCCGGUCGAGACAGCCAAUUCGGACCCCAGGUUGGACCUUCAGGCAUAUCUUCGACUUCUUCGUGAGCGUCGCCAAUAUGCAAAACUACAGGUCUUCCAGCACCAUUUGCAGCAGCUCAAAUCUCGGGACAUACCUUCUCCUGAGGAUUUCGACCCGAAUACGAGUCGAAGGCAACAUCUAGGGUUGCCGGAAGAAUUUGAGGAAGAGAAACAAAAUGGCCAUCUAGCGGAGGAAGGGAUCGAGGAGCUGGUACACAAAUUGGAAAGAGCUGUAAUCCGUGCGAAGGCUCAGGUGGAUAAAGAGAAGAAAUUACUAGAAGGGUUGAAGGCGAAACAACCCCCACCGGAGGAUAUUUCCCCAGCUGUGAGGGUUGCGGCUCUACAGCGGACACGAAAUGAGUUGGUGAAAUGGGUGGAAGAGAAGUUGGUGAGUGUCGGGAGCAACGAAGACGGCCCCAUGCAGGAACCCCCUGCAGAUGAGAUCGAGGAAUCUGCCCGCCUGCUUGAAGAGCAAAAAGCACAGAUUAUGGAGCGAUACGGUGCUUACGUAGAGGCGCGCAAACGUCUCUUAGAUGCGGCUUCUAGGGCUUGCCAGCCUAUUGCAAAUGGAUCUAAGAAGCUCCCGGAACGUGCCCCGGAGACAGUCCAAGUGCCUGCAGAAGAGGCGCCGUCCCUGGAACCGGUAGAUGUCCUGGGAUAUACAACUGACAUCCUUCUUCCGCUCUCGAAAGCCCAGCGUGCGCUGGCUAUGCAGAAGUUCUACUUGUCCGGGUUGCUUUCCAAGGAAAAGACCACGGCCCUUCGCAUGCUAAAUCGCCUACGCGAUGAGAGCCACCUUCUUCCGGAGUAUCCCAUUCUCGCCCGACAACCACGGUUUAAACAUGCUGUUGCGGCCAUCAACUAUCGGCAUUCUACAAAUCCAACCGAACCGGCUAAACCGGACGAACUCGUUGCUUUGGCUGAGGCUUGGGCAUUUGCUUCCGAUGCGGCAGGGACGAACGAACGGGAGUACGUGGAGCAAAAGGUGGCGGAGGGGAGCGAAACAGUACAAGACGCGCAGCAGCUGCUUCGGGAGCUGUAUUGUAUCGUGAACCAGGAUCUGGAUGAGACCCGCCGAGGCAGCUACGAUGCAGAGAAUGAGGAGAGCGACAUCUGGGCGAAUGAGGCGCAAUCCACUCGGUUGCGAGGACGCACGAAUUGGAACGAUAGGCGGCAACCCAAGGGGCCGUGGUCGAGACUGAGUGGAAAGGUGGGAGUGGUAGCAACUGAUAAGGUUAAUUAA